AGUUCGGUGCCGAAAAGUGUUGUUAGUUUACAAAAGUGUUGCCAGCAAAUACAGAAUGCUCAUCUUAAAAGCCCCGUUGUGGAAUAAUUGGUUACGGUCAAGUAUAGUCCCGUAUACGGCAGCAUCGAAACGAUGGCUCAGUGCGCAAGCGGCUGUCGAUCACGUUGAUCCGGAAUGGGCCACAGCAAAACCGUACAAAGACAUCCCCACACCAUCCCUAAUUGAGUUCAUACGUGGAUUUCAAAAAAAUGGGCGUUACGCAAAUCUUGAUCUCGUGGAGCUGCAUUCACGCAUGUGGGCAGAUUUUGGUGAUAUUGUUCGGUUCCGGGGAAUGUUUGGCCGGAACGAUGUAAUCAUGACGUACAGCCCUGCCGACAUUGAGAAGGUGUUCCGUACCGAAGGCCAAUGGCCGGUACGACGUGGAUUCGAUAGCUUCACUUAUUAUCGACAGAAGGUUCGCCCCGAUAUCUUUGGUGAGACGGGAGGUUUAGUCACGGAACACGGAGAAAAAUGGCAAAAUGUGCGCACCGUCGUAAACCCGGUAAUGAUGCAGCCGAAAACGAUUAAACUGUACAUCGAUCAGGUUGAUGAAAUUGCACGCGAGUUUAUGACGCUCGUUGCUGAGAUGAGAGAUUCGAAGAAUGAACUUCCGAAGAAUUUCGACCAAUGGCUUAAUCGAUGGGCGCUUGAAACGAUGGGUGUGCUUGCAUUGGAUACGAGACUCGGCGUGCUGGAGUCGGAUCAAUCGCAGGAAGCCAAGAAGAUCAUUGGGCUUGUUCGAGAUCUUUUCGAGCUAACUUACGUUUUGGACGUGGAAAUGUCGCUCUGGAAGUACUUCAGUACGCCCUCUUACAAGAAACUGAUGCGUGUGUUUGACGAUCUAACUAAUUUGAUUAUGGCAAAAAUUGAUGAGGCAAAGGAGAGACUUGAAAAGCAACCAUCAAACUCCGCCAAUCAAAGUGUGCUGGAGAAGCUGUUGAAGAUCAACAAGCACAUCGCGGUCAUCAUGUCUCUGGACAUGCUUAUUGCUGGGAUUGAUACGACAUCUUCCGGCUCGAUCGGUAUACUGUACUGCUUAGCGAAGCAUCCGGAAAAGCAGGCAAAGCUACGAGAAGAGCUCCGUACCAUUCUGCCCAAAAAGGACUCACCAUUGACCGCUGAGAAAAUGCAAAAUCUCCCGUACUUGAGGGCCUGCAUCAAGGAGGGUCUACGACUGUAUCAACCGGUUGCAGGAAACAUGCGUGCCGCCGGUCGGGACAUCGUACUGCAGGGUUAUCGCAUUCCGAAGGGAACGGAUAUUGCCAUGGGAACGGCAGUACUGCAGCGUAACGAUAAGUACUUCCGUCGAGCUGCCGAAUACCUUCCGGAACGUUGGCUAUCGGAUCGGCCGGGCGAUGUUCCAAAUGCAAAGGACGCGAGCCCGUUUAUCUUCCUUCCGUUUGGCUUUGGUGCUCGCAGCUGUAUUGGCAAACGGCUCGCCAUGAUGGAGAUGGAAAUUAUUACCGCUCGUCUGGUGCGACAGUUUGAUCUGCGCUGGAACUAUGAUCAACUUCGCUUCAAGACAGCACUGAUCAACAUCCCCUCGAAUCCGUUGCAGUUCGAGCUGAGAGAAGUUGAUUGUGCGAAACGGUUUCAAAGUACGGUAGCCACGGCAACGAAAGAUUUUAUCGAUCCGGAAUGGGAAUCGGCAAAGCCGUACAAGACCAUUCCAAGCCCUAAACUGAUGUCAUUUGCGAAAGAAUUUAAGGAGGGAGGUCGUUAUUAUGAUCUCACCGGUGCCGAUUUGUACAGCCGCUGGCGUGAUGAUUAUGGGGAGUUGAUGCGUAUCAAAGGCAUGUUCGGUAGGGCGGACAUUGUUCUGACCUUUCGGCCGGAAGACUUUGAGAAGGUGUUCCGCACGGAAGGUGUUUGGCCGAUACGGCGAAGCUCGGAAACGCUGAGCUACUAUCGGAAGAAGGUGCGUCCAGAAGUGUUUGGAGAGUUGAGUGGCCUCAUUACAACGCAAGGUGAAGAGUGGCAAAAAGUACGUACCAUGGUGAAUCCGGUGUUGAUGCAACCCAAAAUUAUCCAGCUGUACGUGAACCAAGUUGAUGCUAUUGCCAGAGAGUUUAUGAACAUAGUGGCUGCUUUACGGGAUGACAAAAAGGAGCUGCCAUCUGACUUCGAUCAGUGGUUGAACCGAUGGGCUCUGGAGACAGUAGGAGUACUUGCGCUGGACACUAGGCUGGGUGUUCUUCAACCGGAACAUUCCGCAGAGGCCAAGUCUAUCAUUGCGCUUGUAAGGAAUGUUUUUGACUUGAUGUACCGUUUGGAGAUGGAGCUUCCGCUUUGGAAGUACUUCAAAACUCCUACCUUUAAGCAGCUGAUGAAGAAGUUUGAUAAUCUAACGAACAUCAUAAUGGCGAAAAUUGAUACAGCAGUUGAGAAGUUUGAAAGGAAUCCAACGUUGGGAGGUAAUCAAAGUGUGUUGGAGAAACUUUUGCGAGUGAACAAACAGGUAGCCAAUGUGAUGGCGUUCGAUAUGCUGAUGGCAGGAAUUGAUACGACAUCCUCCAGCACCACUGGGUUGCUCUACUGUCUCGCUAAGAAUCCGGAGAAACAGGCCCGUUUGCGCGAAGAACUUAAGGCAAUAUUACCACACAAGGAUUCGGCACUGUCGCCAGAAAGUAUGCGCAAUCUACCGUACCUAAGAGCGUGCAUUAAGGAGGGCUUACGAUUGUAUCAACCGACGCCAGCGAAUGUGCGGAAAGUUGGUCAAAAUAUCGUUCUGCAAGGAUACCGUAUACCGAAACAUACGGAAGUAGUGAUGGCUUCAUUAGUGCUACAACGUGAUGCCACACACUUCCCGCAGCCGGAUGCAUUUCUGCCGGAACGAUGGCUCCAGGACGGAACGGAUUCAGACGCACCGAAUGCUAAGGAUGCCCAUCCAUUUAUCUUUCUGCCGUUUGGGUUUGGUGCUCGCAGCUGCAUCGGUAGACGACUUGCCAUGAUGGAGAUGGAGAUCGUUAUUGCACGCUUUGUGCGAAGUUAUGAGAUUGGGUGGAACUAUGGCAAACUGAAGAUGAAAAUGGGACUGAUCAACACACCGUCCAUUCCACUCCACUUCGAGCUGAAGGAUGUGACUGAGUGA